GUAUUUUAUAAUUUGUGUAUGGUAUACCGUCUGGAACGUACCCACAUGGCAAAUUUCAAGUUUGUUGCAUGUCGGGAAGUAUGCUAAACAUUUUGAACAGACACAUUUACAACUUUGCCUUUUAUAUAUAUGGAGAUUGCCGACUUUUAUUAAAAACUCCAAAGCAUGGGGAGGCCUGUAUCCAGCAUUGGUUUGACAAGGGUUGUAUAGUAUUAUAGUAUGAAAAAUUACGGUGAAUUAUUUUGACAAAUGGUUUCACAUGAACUGUUUCUCAAGACGUAACUUUAUCAUUCUGCCUUAUACACCACAGAUCUGCCACGUGCGAGAGUCCACCAAUAUAAACAUGGAAUAUCUUUCAGGAAUAAAAAAAGACCUAAAAAACAAAAUCUCGAUACUAUUAAGAGGCGAAACCCCCAAAAACAACACCGUGUACACCAUGUACCGCACCAGCGUGGAUGGGGCCAGAGCCAUCCUCUCCGGGGGCUUUAGACGGUCCUCUGAAGGCAUGCUGGGCCCCGGAGUGUACGUGAGCCGCGAUAUUGACAAAGCCAAGGCGUACCCACAAAACGUACCACACGACGACAGGGUGGUUCUGGAGCUCCAAGUUAACGUGGGAAGAGUGAAGAAGAUCGACAGACAGAACCAUCCCCUGCAAAAGGCCUGGCGUUUUGCAGGCUACGACACUGCAUGGGUGCCACCCAACUGUGGGAUGGUACCCAGUGGGCUGGAGGAAGAAUGUGUUUGGGACCCGAACAGACUGACGGUCAUUCGUGUGGUGCAAGCGCCACUGUAUUUUUGGUAUGCUCCUCCAGCUGGUGUGUCCAUGCCUUCAGGUGUCAGAAGGGUACCUCGAUAUUUGGAGUAUGCACCUGCAGCUGAUGUGUCCAUGCCUUCAGGUGUCAGAAGGGUACCUCGAUAUUUGGAGUAUGCACCUGCAGCUGAUGUGUCCAUGCCUUCAGGUGUCAGAAGGGUACCUCAAUAUUUUGGGUAUGCUCCUCCAGCUGAUGUGUCCAUGCCUUCAGGUGUCAGAAGGGUACCUCGACAUUUGGGGUAUGCUCCUCCAGCUGAUGUGUCCAUGCCUCCAGGUGUCAGGAGGGAUCCUCCAUAUUUUGGGUCUGUGCCUCCAGUUAUGUCGAUGGGUCAAUGGGUCAGGAGCGCUCCAUAUUUUGGGUAUGUGCCUACAGCUGAUAUGUCGAUGGGUCAAUGGGUCAGGAUCGCUCCAUAUUUUUAGGUAUGUGCCUCCAGCUGAUACAUCAAUGGGUCAAUGGGUCAGGAGCGCUCCAUAUUUUGGGUAUGCGCCUACAGCUGAUAUGUCCAUGUGCCAAUGUGUCAGGUGUAUUUCUCAAUAUUAUGGGUAAGCGCCUCCAACUGAAAUGUAAAUGGCUGGUGUCAGAUUGGCUCUUCCAUAUUUAGGGCCCACGCCUCCAGCUUGCAUGUCCAUGCCUCCAGGUUUCUGUAAUGAAACUAAUUUUGCAAAUAAAUUGACUUCUAGACAUUACUUCCUAUUUCCUGCUAACCUGUGAGGCAUAUGAUAAUACAUCCCACCUAUUUUAGACCUGUAUAUUAACAAAGCAAGCUGCGGAUCAUUUUCAAUGGCAGACAAUUACAACCGCAGCCAUAUUCAUAGAAAAGUGUAUCCCACACCUUAUAAUCCAGUAGUAUAGUUACGUCUCUAAACCCAUAGACGGCGCUACCAUUUCCAAGUACAGUACUGUAAAUGCUGCCCGACUCGAAACAGCACAGGGUAAACUAAAAGGUGUAGUAGGUUUGAGGCAACGCCGGCGUUUCUUCGUAACCAAGUACAAUCCACAUCUUUGCCAAUAUAAACACACAAAUAUGUGCAAUGCAAGUAUAUUAUGCAAAACAAACAGUCCAUAAUAACUGCAUUGUGACCAUAUUAAUUUUUUUAAGCCUUGCACUAAUUUUUGCAUUUGACGUAUAUUUCGUCGUUUUAUACAGUAUAACUAUAGUCACCCUAUAAUCUUUAAUGCUAACGUUUCUGUAGCAAAGUUUUUGUAAUUUGUCAUGCGAUCAAUCUUGAGGUAAUCUGCCAAAGGUUAUUUGCGCUGCCGGAAAUUGUUUGCAAUAUUUUCGAUUCCUCAUGCCGUACCGUAGUUGAUUUUUGUUCAGAUUUCUUUCUGUUACGCUUUUGCCAUGUUGGUGACGCAGCUCACUCUAACCUGAUUAAACAAAAUAAACUUGAUUGCUUCUAUUGUGGCCAAUUUUCUCAGCACAGAUUUGAUUCUCUCAGCAAGGAGAUGGGGGUGUGCAAUGUCUUUUGAACAUUUAAAGGCGAUAGUUCAUGUACAAUGCCCGUUUAUUAAAGUUUCAUGGGCUUUGAACUGUCAAUGCAUAUACAGUAAAUUGUUAUGAACCUGUACCGAUACC